AUGUCUGACGUGCAAAUGGAUUCUGUCAACGGGAAGUUACCGGUGUCAAUCACAGAAGAUGAGGCGGCAUUGUAUGAUCGCCAAAUCCGAUUGUGGGGCCUCGAUGCUCAACAAAGGAUGAGAAAUGCCACAGUUCUUAUCAUCCGACUUAAAGGAGUCGCCACAGAGGCUAUCAAAAACAUUGUCCUCGCAGGAAUAGGCAAAUUAAUUAUCGUAGAUGAGGAAGUAGUCAUGGAAACGGAUCUAGGAUGCGGUUUCUUUUUCUCUGAAGAUAGUGUUGGGCAACGGGUGAGCACCGAUAACACGCAAGAUGAACAGAAACUGACCCAAACUCGCGACUGCGUCAAGCGAGUUGAGGCCGCUAAACCCCGAAUUCAAAGCUUAAACCCUCUUGUUGACGUGGUCGCCGUGUCUGAUCUCGGUAUUCUAUCCGAUGAUCAACUAGACAAGACUUUGGCGGGGGUGGACCUCGUUUGCGCUACCGACUGUCAGAAGGACGAGAUGCUUCGGCUAAAUGAUGCUUGCCGACGCGCGAGAAAAGCAUUUUAUGCUGGCGGCUCUUAUGGGUUGUUAGGCUUUGUAUUUGCUGAUUUAAUUGAACACGAAUACUUGGCACAGGAUCGCAACACUACUAAUUCUGGUGCCACAAAAACGGUUAAGCAAUCGUUGUCAUACCCUUCACUGAGGGAAUGCUUUGGGCAUUCAUGGAAAGGGCUUUCUAAACGCCAGACUAAAGAGCUCAACCCUUCUACUGUGUUUUCAAUUAUUGCUCUAUGGGAGUUGGAAUCCCGGAAUAUGAAUCCUGUUGAAACGUCUGCUUCAACGGAGCUCCGCCGGAUUGCAACCGAGCUGGUUGAAUCGGCCGGGUUAACGCUCAAGCAGGACCCGUCCCAUCGGUUGCUGCCAUAG